UCCAGCUGCAAGGGAGGGGGUGUGUCAAGAGGAUGGAGAUGAUGGAAGAAUUAGUGAGAUUAUGAGAGCAGCCUUGGGUGGUUUCUGGGGGCGAGGAAAUCGACGGCUCCAGUCAGGAGGCGGAAGCCAGCGGCAGGGCGUGGAGUUCCGAGGAGGGUCUGGGAGGCAGGGGUGGGAUUGUGCCUGGAGACGUCACCCACCUAGACUUCAUAAAAGGGGCUGUGAUCAGGGAGCCAGAGAGAGAGAACCCGGGAGCCGGUGGCUUCUCUCGGUGUGUUCCAACUACCCAAGUGGUUCUUCUCCCUCCAGCCCUCAAGCCAGAACCAAGCUGCGGGACACCUUGUGGACCUGCCUCUUCCUGCCAGAAUGACCUCAUUGGCUUCUUGGCAGCUGCUGCUUCUCCUCUGUGUCGCCACCUUUGGGGAGCCACCGGCAAAGGUGGCACCUGGACCCACAGGUCAGCGGCCCGGACCCCAGGAACUCAUCAAUGCCUGGGAAAAGGGCCCGCGGUGCGCGGAGCGGAGACCUGGGGUUGCAGGGCUGCGAGCUCGUAGGACCUCGCCACCGCCGUGCCCACCGGUGGAGAGUUCCUCGGGGCGCCAGCGGCCUCCGUGCACGGCCGCUGGCAGUCGCCUGAUUCCUGCACCCCGCGGAGCGGUGCUGGUGCAGCGGGAGAAGGACCUGUCAGCCUACAACUGGAACUCCUUCGGCCUGCGCUACGGCAGGAGGCAGGCGGCGCGGGCGGCGCGGGGCUGA